AUGAAAAGAGUUGUAUUGAUCGAUAAUUAUGACUCCUUCACUUGGAAUAUCUACGAGUAUCUGUGCCAGGAAGGUGCAGAUGUCCAAGUUUUCCGUAAUGAUAAAGUUACUGUCGAUGAGGUUGUGGCGUUAAAACCAGAUGUUCUAGUUAUUUCUCCUGGACCCGGUCAUCCAUCUACUGAUUCUGGUAUCUCUCGAGAUGCUAUUAGACAAUUUGCUGGUAAACUACCUAUCUUUGGUGUCUGUAUGGGCCAGCAAUGUAUGUUUGAAGUUUUUGGCGGUGAGGUCGCCUAUGCUGGUGAAAUUGUCCAUGGUAAGACAUCCCCAAUAUUCCACGAUAAUAAAGGCUUCUUCAAAAAUGUUCCUCAAGGUGUGGCAGUAACCAGAUACCAUUCAUUGGCUGGUACUCCUGAAUCGUUGCCAGAUGUCUUAGAAGUCACAGCAAGAACUGAACAGGGUAUUAUCAUGGGUGUAAGACAUAAGAAGUAUACUAUAGAAGGUGUACAGUUCCAUCCAGAGUCUAUCCUAACCGAAGAAGGUCAUUUGAUGAUUCAAAAUAUUCUAAAAGUUACAGGUGGUACUUGGGAUGAAUACGAAGCCAACGAAAAAAACACCUCAACUGGCAAUAACCAAGAGAGUAUCUUGGAUAAGAUAUAUGCCAAACGUAAAUCUGACAUAGCUUCUCAAAGCAAAGUUCCAGGGUUCACUAUGAGAGACAUGGAGUUCAACUACAAAUUGGGUCUAGCACCAAGCCAAAUUGAUUUUUAUUCCAAGAUAAAGUCCGCUAAACAAAGAGCUGUGGUGCUAUCCGAAAUAAAGCGUGCAUCUCCUUCAAAGGGUGAUAUAUGCAUAGAUGCCCUUGCAACUGAACAAGGAUUAAGAUACGCUAGAGCAGGUGCUUCUGCGAUCUCAGUCCUUACAGAACCACACUGGUUUAAAGGCUCUCUACAAGAUCUAAUUAACAUUCGUAGAGCUCUUGACAUUGAAUUUAAAACCCACCCUGAAGACAGACCAUGCCUACUGAGAAAAGAGUUCAUAUUUUCAGAGUACCAAAUACUAGAGGCUAGAUUAGCCGGCGCCGAUACUGUUCUUUUAAUCGUGAAAAUGCUAGGUGAGGAAGAAUUGAAAAGACUAUACAAUUACUCAAAAACAUUGGGUAUGGAACCGUUAGUGGAAGUUAAUUGCGAGAAGGAAUUAGAAAAAGCAUUGAGCUUGGAUGCAAAAGUUAUUGGUGUAAACAAUAGAGACUUACACUCUUUUAAUGUCGAUUUAAAUACCACAAGCUCACUGAUUAAUAGUGUACCCGCUGAAACAAUGCUAAUUGCGUUGUCUGGUAUCACCAGUCCUUCUGAUGCUGAUAAGUAUAAGGAGGAAGGCGUUCGUGGAUUCUUGGUGGGCGAAGCGUUGAUGAGAACUUCUGAACCAGAAUCAUUCAUCAAAGCUCUUUGCCAAUGA